AUGGCGCGGCUUAAGGAUGCGCCCAAGCAGGCAGCUCCCAAGCCUUCCUCGCCCUCCUCAGACGACAAUGCUGCAACCCAACAGCUCCUCGCCGAGUCCAACUCCCCAAGCGCAAAACCACCCUCGUCGUCCGCAGUCCUCGGCGCCAACCUCCUCAACGCAGCGCGUCCUGGAAAGCUCAAACGAGUUAGCAUACUUCCCGAGGGAGCCAGACAGAACCUCGCAAUACGAGGAGACCCAUACGAGAUUGAGUUGAGCCCCGAGAAGGGUCGAUACGCGUUGCCAGAGAAAGUCAAUCACAAGCCGUUGAAGAUUAAUAGAAAGAAGAAGGAGAAAAAGAAGCCAACCAAGAAGAAGGUGCAGGCCACUGUGGAGGCAGUCGAAGAGCGGAGUGACGUCCCCGCGCCUUCGUCAGAGCUCCCGGUGUACCAUGACGCUGGGCCACAAGUGGAUGAAGAAGAGCGGGUGGAGGAUCUGGCAGUAGCAGAACCCGAAAUACGUUCCUCGCCGCCGGAGCUCGCACCGCCGGAAGACACCCCAUCUAAAGCAGCCCCGCCCAUACGCGGCAAUGGCGUGGUCGAUCCCACUGGUACGACAAGCCUAGAUGGAGAACCUGCUGGUGCGCAGGAGGACAAUAGCAGUACACGGAGAACGUCGAAACGGAAGUCGGAGUCGGAUCACAGCGAAGGACAGCCCUCCAAGAUUCCGAGGAAACAAAGGCGGACGACUGGCGAAUCGAGCGCAUCGAGAAAGAGUCACCCACAAGUACGCAUACCGGUCCGGCGCAGCUCGCAACAACAGGAUGUGGCGACUGCGACCGGACAUGAAGAUGUUCAAAGCACGCAAGAAGGCGCUGAGCGGACUUUGGCGCAGAAAGAGAAGGAGCUCCUAAAACUCCUAUAUGUUCCCGCACGAAAAUUGAAACCUCGGAAGAAACGCACCAACGAUACCCCUGAAUCAAGCCAGCAGUUACCCGCUAACGUGGGAGGAUUGCAAAAGCACGCAGAGCCGCCCAAUCAAGCUGCGGAAGUUGUUAAUGCUCCAGAGACUGAGCACGCGCAGGUUAUUGACGCGUUUGGGGACGACUCGGAUGAAGACGAGGCUAGCAGCGUAGCUGAGGAAGCUGAUAGCAUAACGCGCCCUGCAGGAAGGCCUGGGAGCAUCGAAACCGUCUUUGAAUUCCUCAACCUAGAGGUACGACCAGGAAAGUGCCGAACCAAGCUGGCUACCACCAUCAGACGCGCAUGCAAGACAUACAGAGCCCACCUUCAGGAGGGUGACCUUUCCAUAGACACUCUCGUCGAUGAAGCCGACGAUUUACGAGGAGCGCUCGGACAGAUCAGUAUCGAUGUCGAAAAGAAGGACCAGCGCGCCUUCAAAAGAGAUGCUUAUCGUCAUGUCUUCCGGGCUCUUACACUGUAUCUCGAAGCAUUGUAUACGUGGCUACAGGACAAUGGUGGUGAAGUGACCGAGUCGCUGGAGGCUAUGAAGAUUCUAUCACCCCUGAUGGACCGAAUACUGGCUUUCAAAGACAUCAUUACUGAGUGGAAUGUUACCGUGCCUCAACGCUCCAAGGGCGACCGAAUCAUCAAGGAUGUUGAUAUUGGUCUCAUUGCUCAUCUUCGACAGGUUGCCAAGACGUAUCGCGGACACCUUAGUAGACUCAAGGCCAGGGAGGAACACCGCAAGAUACAAGAAGACUUCGAGCGCAGAAUGCAAGAAAGAGAAGAGGAGGAGAACCGCAAAGCCGAACUUGAGGAAGCGCGAAAGCAACGGUGGAAAUGUUGGCAAGCUCUGCACAUCGUGCGCCUGACGUGCGAGCCCGAUGCGCGCAGAAGGAGCAAGCUGGCUAUCACAAGACUCGAAGACCUGGAGGAGAGAGACGCCAACGGUGUUGUUUUCGAGCGAUUGCCAGUAUUCACACCUCGCUCAGCUCCACCGCAUCGUCAAGCAUCGGCGUUGAGCAAUAAGCCGGAGUGGACCGAACAGGAAGAGACUGCUCUGCUCGAAGGUUUGAGACAUCUUGCUGGUCCUCAAGUCUUCGAGAAGAUAUUCACAACGUAUUGCCGUCCCGACUCAUCUCAUCCACUUAGCGGCCAUUUGCGCGAUCGCAGCGUCGCGGAGAUUGUCACAAAAGCAGCACAGUUCCGAUCAGACUUCCAGAAGUUAUAUCAAGAUAACGGCUGGGAGAUCGAGGAAUGGAUUACGAAGAUACCAGUAUUGCCGUAA